AUGGUUGCAACAGGGAUAUCUCUGUUCUUCCUUCUCCUUGCCUUAACUUCCAUCAACUGCGUCCAGAUCAUGUUCGAGCAAUUCCGGCAGUGUUCCAGCAACGGAGUCAUCGACUGUAACCUCCGGGUGCGUAAGAUCAACCGCACCAUGGCGGCCCUCUACGGGAACGCAACGGUCCGGAUGGACCUGGGGAAGAACUUCAAGACCUGGUUCGACGCGUACCACAGUCCGCUGGGCAACAACCAGUACAAUCUGUACCCGAUGCGAGUUCCGCCGAUGGGUGUGUGCGACUACUUGGAGCGGUUCUGGGGCGAUUACUACCCGUACAUGGUGGGGUACGCACCGAACCUGGUCAAGCCGGGCGAAUGUCCGUUGAGCGUGCGGGUCGUGCAGUUCAACGAUAUGAUUCUGGAUCCGCGGAUGCUUCCACCGUACGUACCCAAGGGGCUGUGGAAGCUGGUGUGGCACGCCAAUGAAACGGGGACGGACAAGUACUUUCUUGUUGAGCUUACGUUCAAGGUGUACCCGGAUGGUCAUAUUUGA